GUCGAACAUCUCUCAUGUAAUGGAGCCUAAUACUGCACACUUUCUUUCUUUCUUUUUUUAUUAAAAAAGAGGUUUGUUUGUUUGUUCUGGAUGGAGAGGUCGUCGUCAUGUUUGUUGAUGCUGCUGUCUUUCUUGUUGUUUAAUAUCCACAAGGCUAUGCCUAGCCUACUGUUGUGCCUUAAGACAAGAGUAGCCUAUAAACCUUUCAAAUAUUGGUCAUGUCUUGAUAAAAGCCAUUUAAUUAAAGAAGGCUGAUUAAUAAUUUUUUUUUUUUUUUUUUGCUUUAGCAAAACAGUAGGCUAUUUGUAUUUGAAAAAGUAGGCUAUACCUCUGUGAGAAGGUUGUGCAAUACAGUAUGUCGAUAUGGCCUAACAGUUUGUUGAAUUUGAUGCUAUUAUCCUAACUAUUCAGUGCAUCACACUUGAGUUAAGGCAAGAGCUGUGGUGUGGUCCGUGUUUCAGAAAAGUUUGUUUCGAGCAAUAAUAAUAGGUCUAUUGCCUAAUAAUAAUUGGCCUAUUUGUAAUUAGGGUGUAGGUUAUGUUUUAGCUUAUCUAGAUAGCCUAAUUGAAACGCUGCUACAAAUAAUCUUUUCCCUCAAAGCUUCAUAUAUUAGAACUUGAAAAUCAUCGUACGAGUGCGAAAAGUGCACGAUAAAGAGACAGACUAUGCAGUCACCUGCAGGGCAACUGCAAAAUUACACCUAAACUUAUUACAGACUAUAUAGGCUAUAUACGUACAAUAUGCGGUAGUUUUUACAAUGUGAGUUUAAAUUUAUUAAAAUCAAAAUUUUAAAAUUUCAUUUAACUUUUUAAAGUGUAGAUUUCUUCUAGAACGCUCUUAAGAUCUAACGUCUAUCGUUAUCAGGGAAAGAGGUCCUAUAGGAUGUUUAAUUAUAGUUAUAGUUAUAGUUAAUUAUAGCCUAAAUAAAAUCUAUAAAUACAAAAGAGGACAAUGUAACAGCUUGGCAUAAUUAUGUAGAUCUUCUGUGAAGGACGAGGUAAAUGGUGGUACAUCAAAACCACCACUAGGUGGUGACCUACCACUUUGCUGCAUAAGCAGGUUUAAGUUCGUUUGUUCAAGCUAUCCUAUCAAUGUAACAGAUGCUGGAAUGUGAAGUGAAGUGGAAAGGAAUCAUUCCAGAUAGAUCCUACAGAUUCCAGAUAGAUCCUACAGAUUCCAGAUCCUUUUUUAGUUUUCAUAGCAAUGACAUUAUACAGAAAAUGGUCUUGUCAGGUUGUUUAAAACAUCUACAGUAGGCUACCAGAAUGUGUAGGGCUCUUGGUUUUGCCACAAUGUCACAACUUGCAUGCUGAAUUUCUGAAAAUGUGAAGUGUUUAAUUUUUCCGUUAUAAUUUUUGUGUUCGAUGUAUACAUUGUUUGUGUAGACUGUUUCACUCGUUCUGAAUAUAGUUUUGAUAUAACAUAUAAGAAAUUGAUAUAAUGUUUUUGCACCUUAUUUCAUAGGUAAACUAUAGCUGCAUCUCUGUUAGAGAGGCAGAAGGCAGAAUGAAAGGAUCGCUGUAUUUUAAAUCCGCAGUUCAGUUGAAGACAAAACUAUUUCUGGUUUCUAGAUAAUGGGCUUUUCUGUAACAAAUCACGCUGUCAGGCUCUCCAGCUAUCUUUGUGAGUUUGUGCAUUUUACGAUGAGCGCGGUCAGUCAAGUAGAUUGUUCGACAUCGGAGCUGUCGGGUCUUAAGGUGCUGAACUAAGGCCGAAAUAGUUAAUAUCUCCAGGAUUCUAGAAGUGAAUUCAAUUUUAGCACAGUGUCAUUUAUUCAGACUAUAUAUUCAUUAAUGUAUUUGCAAUAUUUCUUGUUAUAUUGGUACUAUUUUAUGAAUAUAUAGCCUACUUCAACUACAAUUAGGCUAGCUGUUUGUUAGCUUAUCAAAGUAUAGGCCUAAAUAAAGUUUUAGUAUCACAAAUCGUUGUAAAUCUGAAUUUUAACAAUGCAUUUUAUAGCACAGUGUGCUCGUUAAUUUAGGUUCUCGUUAAUGAAUGAACGUUUCUACAUAUUGCAUAGGUUACAAUGUCUGUUACAAAAAGCGUUUACAUUCAAAUGUGUUUGACCAAGGACCAGCUACUUUGUUACCGCUUAGCUCUUUUCAUAAUCAUAAGAUGCUGAUGUUUUUUGCUGCUUGUACCUCAGUUGGUCAUGGGAAUCGGGCAAAACGCAGUGAACUGUGUGAAAUAUAUAACCUUUCUAUAUUGUUUUAGUAUUCAGAGACAUUUUUCUUUUAUGCUCUUAAAAACAGUAAUUGACAACUAAACGAACUUACCAAUACGUUCGAAAAGAUAGGCCGAGUCUGUUGUACAGCGUCUCCUGAAUUGCUUCUUUUUGAAGACAUAAAUAUUUAGAAUUGAUCUAACUAAAUCAUAAUUAACUAAAACAAAUUCCCUGUUUUUGUACCAAAUAUGGAAUUAUGAAAUUGAGGAAUUAUGAGGCGUAUUUUGAGUGGACAUGCAAUACUCGAGAAUCUUUUUGACGAUUAUUUCAAACCUAUAGUUGUGUGUGUUUUUGAAUCUACUAAAUCCACUAGACAUUCUGGUGCGCGUGUUUUGUGUGCAGGUCACGGCGCAUUGUUUCAGCAGAUACAAUUUUUCUACCGCAGAGUCGUUACCCUCUGAAUGACCCCAUUGCGUGCUCGCCUCGAGUCUGAUGGUUUAGGUAGUCCCGCCUCUAACCAGAGGAUGGCGCGCCGCUACAAUCUUGCAUAGCACACACCAGCUAGUUCGGUGAAACUCUUGUUGCGCGCUCCCGUGUUCAAACAAUUCCACCCUGAUUUCCUGCUUACGCGUGAGUUUACCGCUGGAGGUCACAGAAUAGGAUUUACGACUGGUCAACAAAAACACGUGACUCUAAGCCGUACCCCAUAUUUGGGAGUCUACGUAAGGGAGCAUUAAGUCUGUGUCUCACUCAUUUCCAUAAUUCAUCAUAAAUUGUGCAAGGGUGCAAUAGAAGCUCAAAACCAUCAAGAGACACAAAUCAAACACACACGGCAGAAUUGUUCUCUCCAUAAAGGUAGUUGUAGUAACUAAAAAUAAUUAUAAGAUAAUUGUCAACCAAUGAGCUCUUAUUUUGUGAACUCAUUUUGCGGUCGCUAUCCAAAUGGCGCGGACUAUCCCUUACAUAACUAUGGAGAUCACAGCUCUAGUGGCCAAUGCAGAGAUUCUACGGGCAUGCAUUCGGGCAGGUAUGCUUUUGGCUACAAUGGAAUGGAUCUCAGCACCGGGCGCUCUACCACCGGACACUUUCUCUCAUCUGGUGAGCGAACUCAAAGCUACACAGACAGUCCAACUGCGACGCCUGUCCGGUACAAUCAACCGGUUACCGCGAGCAGCGCUGAGCCUUCCUCUGACUCUCUCCCGUGCUCAUCCUUAGCCAACUCUCCUGUCAACGAACAGUCACACCGCGCUCUGAAAACCUCACUACCGAGCACCGCUGGCUCUACGACCAACAGCGUCGGGACGGUUCUCAGUCGCGAGGACGUCUCUAAAGCGUCCAGCACUAUGGAGGAAGAAAAGCCACCGGGAAGUGCGCAGACAGCUGCACAGAAUGCAUCCGAGGCACCGCAGAUUUAUCCAUGGAUGCGAAAACUUCAUAUAAGUCAUGACAGUUUGGCCGGACCGGAGGGGAAAAGGCCCAGGACAGCCUACACUCGCUACCAGACACUUGAGCUUGAGAAGGAGUUCCACUUCAACCGGUACCUGACACGUCGCCGACGAAUUGAGAUUGCACACACGCUCUGUCUCUCAGAGAGACAAAUCAAAAUAUGGUUUCAAAACCGGAGAAUGAAAUGGAAAAAGGACAACAAGUUGAAGAGUAUGAAUAUGACGGCUGCAGGAAGCGGAUACCGGCCGUGAAACUGUGUAUAUAUUGUAUAUGUGCAUAUAUAAAUUAAAUCUGUUAGUGUUUGAAUAGGUGUGUGUGCGCGGGUGCGCGUCUGAUUCCUUAUUCCAAGUGUGUGUUCGACAAGGGGAUGAAGACUUUGCCCAUUUUACAAAAGAACUUUCCACUGGUCUUGAGAGAGUGAACGCCCUGCGUUGCGUCCUUGGUUAGAAAAAAAAAAAAAAAUGAAACAAACACUUCCUCUCUGUGUUUUCAUGUAAUGUUGCGUAUGUGGAAAGAUCUAUGCAUUGUCUUAGAAAAGCCACAUGAAGGUGUAAAUUAAUAUAACACGUAUUGACGAAAAAUGUUUCUAAAAAAGUUUCUGAAAGGUGCAUUAGGUAAACCAACCUGUAAAAGUAUUACUAAAUGCUUACUAAAUUAAGCAUAACUUAAAAUGUUUUUGUUGUUGGUUUUUAUGUCUCUUGCUUUGUAAAUAUGAAUUGUUGUAUUUUAUGUAUUUAUUUCAAUUCGAUAUCAAAUAUCGAUUGUAUUUUUUUUGUUGUGAAGCUGAAGUAGAAGACCUGUUUUUUUUUUUCGUGUUGUAGGCUACUGUCAUCUUUGUGUGUUGAUAAAAUCGUUACAUUCAGACUUGUCCGCAUAUUUGUCAUGCCCUCAUUUUUCUACUUGAGUAUGUUUGAGUGUUGUACGUUUUGAAAUCUUGGGGGAAACGCUAAUUAUUUAUUUUCCUUCUCGUGAAAUUUGAAUGCCAACUGGAAGUGCAGAAAACAGUGUUGUCAA